AUGUCCACCGCCUUCAGAUCCGUUGCGCCGUUCCUGCGCACGGCGCGCGCCUCUCUGCGCCAGGGCAACGUUAGCCCCCUUCAGGCCGCUCUGAAGAGACAGAACGUCUCCCCCAUCCUCAACGCCUACCGCACAUACGCCGUCUACGAGCGCUCAAAGCCUCACGUCAACAUUGGUACUAUUGGCCACGUCGAUCACGGAAAGACCACUCUGUCCGCCGCCAUCACCAAGAGACAGGCCGAGAAGGGCCUUGCCAACUUCCUCGAGUAUGGCGCUAUCGACAAGGCUCCUGAGGAGCGCAAGCGUGGUAUCACCAUUUCCACUGCCCACAUCGAGUACUCGACCGACACCAGGCAUUACUCCCACGUCGACUGCCCUGGUCACGCCGAUUACAUCAAGAACAUGAUUACCGGUGCCGCCAACAUGGACGGUGCCAUUAUCGUCGUUGCUGCCUCCGACGGUCAGAUGCCCCAGACCCGUGAGCACUUGCUGCUUGCCCGUCAGGUCGGUGUCCAGAAGAUCGUCGUUUUCGUCAACAAGGUCGACGCUAUUGAUGACCCUGAGAUGUUGGAGCUCGUCGAGAUGGAGAUGCGUGAGCUCCUUAGCACCUACGGUUUCGAGGGUGACGAUACCCCCGUCAUCAUGGGUUCCGCCCUCUGCGCCCUGAACAACACCAAGGAUGAGAUCGGCACCCAGAGAAUUGACGAGCUCAUGAAGGCUGUUGAUGAGUGGAUCCCCACUCCCCAGCGUGACCUUGAGAAGCCCUUCCUCAUGUCUGUUGAGGACGUCUUCUCCAUCGCUGGCCGUGGUACUGUCGUCAGUGGACGUGUCGAGCGUGGCACCCUGAAGAGAGAUACUGAGGUCGAGAUUGUCGGCAAGGGCAACGAGGUCAUCAAGUCCAAGGUCACUGACAUUGAGACCUUCAAGAAGUCCUGCGAGGAGUCCCGCGCCGGUGACAACUCUGGCCUUCUGCUCCGUGGUAUCAAGCGUGAGGACAUCCGCCGUGGUAUGGUCGUUGCCAAGCCCGGCACUGUCAAGGCUCACAAGAGCUUCCUCGCCUCUCUCUACGUCCUCUCCAAGGAGGAGGGUGGUCGCCACACCGGUUUCCACCAGAACUACAAGCCUCAGAUGUACCUCCGUACCGCUGAUGAGGCCUGCACCCUUACCUUCCCCGAGGGCACUGAGGAUGCCGACAGCAAGAUGGUCAUGCCCGGUGACAACAUUGAGAUGGUCGCCACUCUGCACAACCCCAGCGCCAUCGAGGUUGGCCAGCGCUUCAACGUCCGUGAGGGCGGUCGCACUGUCGCCACUGGUCUCAUUACCCGUAUCAUUGAGUAA